GACCCACUGCUGACAGUCACCAUGUCAGACCAGGACGAGGAGGCCCCCGAAGUGAGGGAGCCAGCGUGCCUGCUGUGUGGACGAUCAGACGCUGACCCGGACAUCUGUGGAGAAAAAAUCCAGAAACAUGGGCUCUGUGCCCACGUGUUCUGUCUGAGCUGCUGCAUCUGUGGCCAGAGUGGGGCCACCAUCACCUGCUGUGAAACCGACUGUGACCUGAGCUUCCACCUGCCCUGUGCCAAGCAGGGAGGCUUUGUCACCCAGUUCAUUACACCAUACAGGUCCUUCUGCCCCACACACAGCCCCAAGCAGGCAGUGGAGGCGACUCAGCCGGGCACCAAUUGCCUCAUCUGCAUGGAGCCCGUGGAGGACAGAAAGACCUUCAAAACCAUGGUGUGCCCAGCGUGCAAAACCGCCUGGUUCCACAGGGAUUGUAUUCAAGGACAGGCUCUGCGCUCUGGUAUUUCAUCUUUCCAGUGCCCCCUCUGCAGAAACAGGCAGGACUUUCUCAUAGACAUGUUCACCAUGGGGAUCCGCAUCCCCUUCAGACCACCAUCAUGGGAGGACAAUACGGCAUUUGCCGAGCUCGAAGAGAGGCACAGGCAUUGUGAUGCCAGCGAGUGCCUUUUUCCAGGAGGUAGAGAGGAGGCCGAGGAGGAGGGGCCCUGGGAACUGCUCCUGUGCUCCUCCUGUGCAGCCGAGGGCACUCACAGACACUGCUCUGGCUUGAGAAACAGCAUAACCCGAUGGGAAUGUGAUGGCUGUGCUGGUUUGGGCACAGCCUCCAGAGAUGACUCGGAGCUUGCUGGCCCCAGCACGGCCAGGCAGUCAGGAUUGGAGCCUUCAGAGGUCUCCAGAGAACCCGAGACCAUCAGCCCCAACACAGGCAGCCUGGAGUUGUCAGGGCUCUCUCCCAGUUCUCCAACACUGGACACCAUCAGUCCCAGCACCAGCAACCAGUCAACAUCGGAGCAAUCUCUGGAAUCUCCCUCACAGGAGAUGAGCAGCUCUAGCCCUGACAGUCAGGUAACGUCGGGGUCGUCCCACAGCAGCUUCCCCGACACUGAGGACAGCAGCUGCUCCAGCGGUCGGAGGCCUGACCGCCGGCGAAACCACUCCCGCCGGCAACGUCGGGCGCGCAGUCCACAGCUUCGGUCCCGAAGUCCCCACAACAGGACCCAUGUGCCAGAACCAAGUCCUGGGAGGCGUCGGCCCAGGCUGACACAAUCAGGGGAAUCCCGCAGGCGAAACCGCUCCCGCCUGCAAAGUCAGACCCCAAAUCCUUCUGGCCAGCCCAGAAGUCUCCAUGACCGGAGCCAUGUGAGAGCACCGAGUGCUGGGAGGUGCAGCCGCAGCCAGGAAACACCGAGGACAUCCCGCACACACAAUCGCUUCCGCCAACAACGUCAGACCCCACAUCCAUCUGGCCGCUCCAGAAGUCGCCGUGACAGAAACUGUGUGAGAGCACCAAGUGCUGGGAGCUGCACACCCAGCCAGGAAGCAUCGGGGACAUCCCGCCGGCGAAACCGCUCCUGCCGGCAAUGUCAGACCCCAAAUCCAUCUGGCCGGUCCAGAAGUCCCGUGACAGGAACUGCACUCCAGCACCGAGUGCUGGGAGGAGAAACUCGAGGAGACAGCAGCCAGCACUUCCCAAAGGCAACACCACUCCCGCCAGCAGCGUCGGACCUCAGAUUCAUCCAGAGGAUCCAGAAGUCGCCGUGA